AUCUAAAUUACCAUCUCACUGUGGAUGACCUAGGCAAACACCUAAACUUUUGGCAUAUAGACAAAAUUAAACAAUGGUAAUGUCUGGGUUUACAAUCCUAUUACUGUUUGUUUAAAUAACUAAUUUGAAACGUGCAUUGUUGAUUAAGAAUAUAUUUGAAGAAAUGUUACUUUGUGAAUGUCAGAGAAAGAGGAGAAAAUCACUACAAUUUACAAGCGUCAAAUACUACAUGGAUUUUUUUCUCUGACCAAAUACGGUCACAUUUUAAAAUUUGCUAUAAUAAUUACGUUAAGUGAGAUCGAUAAAAUGCAGCCCGUGUUGCAUUAAAAGUGCGUUUGAAAAACAGCGCAACAAAGUGAUACGUUAUCGGAAAGUACAUGUCUUGGGUGUUUAUUAUAGAGGCCCUGCAGUUGUUUUAGAGGUUACACUAGAAUCCACAAACUAACACGUCCUCUGCUGUAGCUGUUGGUUAACACUUUUGUAUGUCCUUUCAGUCAAACCACUAACCCUCUUCCUCGUUAAAAAAAUACCGAACGUCUCAACAUCAGGAACUGGAGAACUACAAUCUGCAUAAAUUGCCCAAUUCAUCAACGCUCUAGCCAUCAUAACAUUACUUCUUCUUUUCGACUCGAUGUUUUCACUUGCAACUACAUGCUGUUUAAGUUAAGUAGUAGUUUACUGCCGUUUACUAGCCUCUGUACAGUUCGCAUAUUGGGGCUGCAUCUAACCAGCAAGUUGAUUUUGAAUCAGCGAUGGAAGGGUCCGAAAGUUCAGUAAUGCGUAUUGGACGCAGUAUUUGGACUGUUUGGGGUUACCUCACAGGGGCUGUGGGAAGAUAUCUCAGACCAGAAGUCACAAACAAAGAGAAUCCGAAUGCAAACUCUAAAGAGAAAGAUCCAGUGAUUAAGACAAUCAACAAGAGUUGCAGAGAUUUAAAAGAAAUAGAAGAAGAAAAAGAAAGACACGAGACAAAAACAUGGAACCCACAUGAGAGACAGAUGAGAGAGGUGGCAGGUUUACAGUGUUCUGGGGUAAAAGUGCAGACCGCCACUGUCCAGUGGGAGAAGGUCAGUGUGAAACAAGAUGCAGUUGGGAAUGGUGACCAUGAUGAAGACAGUGGCACAAGCAAACACCUUGCAGUACUACCACAAUGCGAGAAGGUCAGUGUGAAACAAGAUGCAGUUGGGAAUGGUGACCAUGAUGAAGACAGUGGCACAAGCAAACACCUUGCAGUACUACCACAAGUGAGCAUUGGGGAUCAGGUAGAAAGUGCAGAGGAUGUCGAGAAAAAAGCACAAGAGCUGAGGCAUAAUGAAGAAACUCUGGACUACCACUUGAAUAUUAAUAACAAGGCAAGAAAUAUAUUGAUCACAGAUCAGCUGAAAGAAGACCAUAAAGUUAGCCCAGGUGUUUUCAUUAAUGCAGACAUAGACAGUCAAGAAUUUGACGUUUCUGGAGGCAAGGAUCCAGAUCUAGAUAUGAAUGUGAGUGGAAACAUUCAGGACGAGAGAAUAAAAUCAGAAAAGAAAAGAGCUGAUGAUAUGAUGGACUGUGUUGCAGAUAGAACAGAAACUAUGGACAGUGAGGAUGUUGAAGAAGAACAGAUAAACAGCUGUGAUAAUGGAGAUAAAGAAUACACCAAGGAAGCCUCAGUGGGAAAUGUCAUAGAUCAGUGCGAGAAGGUCAGUGUGAAACAAGAUGCAGUUGGGAAUGGUGACCAUGAUGAAGACAGUGGCACAAGCAAACACCUUGCAGUACUACCACAAGUGAGCAUUGGGGAUCAGGUAGAAAGUGCAGAGGAUGUCGAGAAAAAAGCACAAGAGCUGAGGCAUAAUGAAGAAACUCUGGACUACCACUUGAAUAUUAAUAACAAGGCAAGAAAUAUAUUGAUCACAGAUCGGCUGAAAGAAGACCAUAAAGUUAGCCCAGGUGUUUUCAUUAAUGCAGACAUAGACAGUCAAGAAUUUGACGUUUCUGGAGGCAAGGAUCCAGAUCUAGAUAUGAAUGUGAGUGGAAACAUUCAGGACGAGAGAAUAAAAUCAGAAAAGAAAAGAGCUGAUGAUAUGAUGGACUGUGUUGUAGAUAGAACAGAAACUAUGGACAGUGAGGAUGUUGAAGAAGAACAGAUAAACAGCUGUGAUAAUGGAGAUAAAGAAUACACCAAGGAAGCCUCAACAGUGGCACAAGCAAACACCUUGCAGUACUACCACAAGUGGAGCAUUGGGGAUCAGGUAGAAAGUGCAGAGGAUGUCGAGAAAAAAGCACAAGAGCUGAGGCAUAAUGAAGAAACUCUGGACUACCACUUGAUAUUAAUAACAAGGGACGAGAGAAUAAAAUCAGAAAAGAAAAGAGCUGAUGAUAUGAUGGACUGUGUUGUAGAUAGAACAGAAACUAUGGACAGUGAGGAUGUUGAAGAAGAACAGAUAAACAGCUGUGAUAAUGGAGAUAAAGAAUACACCAAGGAAGCCUCAGUGGGAAAUGUCAUAGAUCAGGUUAAUCAGGAUAUAAAAGAGAACAGUAGUGACAAACAAACACAUCAGGGAAAAGCUUGUAAUGAAAACAAAACAAGUGAAUCACAAAUGGAGGAUGACUUAUCCCAGCUAAUCUAUCCAACAAGUGAAGGGGGAAACCUUUUAAAGAUCCCCAUAAAGAAAGACAUAAAGGAAGUAAUACAUAAGGAGGAAGCAAGUACCAAUAAGGCUACAGUGAUACCAGAAAGUGGAGAAAUCAACAGUGUAGAAACAGAACAAGGGACUCUGGGAAAAAUAAAGAAUGGACAGCAUGAAGAGGUCCUAGCCUGUGUACCUCAACAGCUAUGUGAAUUUACAGCCACUGAAAUAUUCGACAAACAGCAAGUCUAUGAGUCAAAGAUGCAUGACGCUCAAACUGAACGUACUGAGAACAAAAUUGAGAUGCAAUGUGAACAAACUGAGUUUGUGGCAGCACAGAUAGAAGAAAAUUCAGGAAUAAACAAAAAGGAAAUAGAACCCUGCAGCCACAUGGGACUAAUAAAAGUGACAUUUGCUGAUAGUUCUUUGGACCUUGCCACUGAUUUGUUGAGAGUUACAAUGGAAUCAGAUCCAUUAGAAACAACACAAAGAGGAUAUAGAAGUAAACAAACCCUAAAAACAGAAGAGGCAUCCCCAAAAACUGAAGUGAUGUGGUUAGAUGACACAGAAUACAUCAGUGGAUCACAAAGAUCAGAGGUAGUGAUUAAGCAAGGCACUGAGUCGGUCAUUCCAAGGGUACAGGUAGAGGCUGGAAGCCAAAGCAAAACCGAAGAUCCUAGGUCAAAAUGUAAACAGGACAUCAAAGCAGAAGUUUCAUCAGAGGAUGUGAUGAAAUCAGCAAUUGUAGAGAUAAACUUGCAAGAGCACUCCACAAAUAGAGAAGAGGCUCUACAGAAAACUGCAUACCAGUACUCACAUGAACAAGAGCCUGGACAAGAAAAAUCAGCUAAUGGAAUACUAAAUGAACCUGAGUUACUUAAAGCACCAUUUUAUGAAAUGUUAGGAGAACUAAGGGGGACAGAGACUAAUUCUGCAGGGCAAACAGAUGAAACAUCAGUUAAGUCUACUGAUCAAAUGUCAAGUCCUUCACUGGAGGAACUAGAUAAAACACAGUGCUCCAUUGAACUAAGUGUUGGUUCAACAACCGAGCUGAUUGUGGAAACAAAGACUACUUCUACAGAACAGAAAUUACUGCUUAUUAAACAAAGUGAAGUAGCAGGCACAUGCAAGCCCGCCACAACUGAAUUAAAAUGUCAACAAGCUGAAUCUGAAAAUGACACUUCAAAAACAGAAAGUGAAUCCUCUGUCACAACCACGGAGGCCACCUCUGAAACCUGCAUAAUGUCAACUGAGACAGAGGCUCCAGUGUUGCAUAUGUCCAAGACUCUGAACCUAUUAAGGGAUCAGUUAAUUUAUAGUGAGGGCAUGGCACAAGAUAAAUCUGAUAAAACUGAAUCCUGUGGCUCCAACCUUGGAUCUUCUGAGACUUCAGACCUGGCAUCACCACUGCAAACCCUAAAGAUGUGGAGGAAUGCACAGAAAGAUGAUGAUGAUGAUGAUGAUGAAGAUGAUGAAGAUAGAACUGUUGAAACAGUCCCUGGAUUACCAGAUGAAGUAAAGGCCAUUACCACACUGGGAGUUUUGGAGGAGGCAAUGAGUGGCCUGACAAAGGAGAGGCAGAGUGAAUUAUCCAGACAAAGAGUAUCUCCAGAUAAUAGGAUUACAGAAAUAGAAGGGGAGAAGAUCGAAUUACUAAAUGACACAGUGGACCAAAGGAACGAUUUACAAGUAGAAACAAUGGAUACUGGAAGUGGGGCAUGUGGGCAGAAUGAAGUGGAAAAAAUGGCACAAUAUACAAGAGGGGAGAAAGAACAAAUGGAGCUCACUGCAAAAGGAAAAACGAAUAUGCCACAUAAGCUUGCAUCUGUAUCAGAGGUAACAAUUCACACAAAAAAAGACCAUGAAGAAAAAAAUGAUUAUGGGGAAUCGGUGAUCGACAAUAAUGAAAACACACGAGAAAGAAACAGACCAAGACUGAAGAGACGGUUUGAAAAAAUGGAAAAGGAGGAGAAGGAUAAACCAUCUGUGCGAAAGGACUGGGCAAUGGCAGAUCUUUUCCCUCUACAGGUCUCGUCGUUGGACUUCACUGUCCAGAAAUCAAAAAUAGCCGUGAAAAACCCCCUGAUUCGACCACCCAAAGACCCUCGGACACUCAUAAACAUGACUUCAGUAGAGCCGCUGAAUCCCCCUUGUCCUCCAGGGCCCAGCCUGCAGAGAAAGAGUCUAGCAGAAGGGGUAUCAGUAAUGGGCAAAGGAGUAAUUGGAUUCAAACUGCCUGGUCUGGGUUCUGGUCUCCCUGUCCUGAGACAAACUGAAGCUGGAAGAAAAAUGAGGGACAAGGAAGAUGCACAGUGUGUAACAUCACAGAAAUUUGGCAUGCAGACAGAUCCAGAAGAUAAGUGUGGGAAGCAAGAUCAAAUGCAUGACAAACCAAAAUCAGCACCACUGAGACACCCUGGGAUGGGCAGCCAACAGAUGAUGAUGGAGCUGAAGAACAAACUCACAAAGAACAAAAAUGCAAAAGAGUGAAGGAAUUUGCCCAAAGAGAAAUUCUCAUGAUUAAUCCUUGUGUAUUUUUUUUAGGUUAAUGUGAAUUAUAUUACAAUGUAUUUGAGAUUGUCAUGGAUAAUAAAU